AUGCCCUGCCCCGCCGCCCCAGCCCUGCUGCCGCUCGCCCUGCCUCCGCCCGGCCUCAGCCAGCCCGGCUGCCGCUGCUGGCCCUGCCCCGUGAGGGGGGCUGGCUGCUUCACUCUUUUUCCGGCGCGCGCGCUGGCGACUGCUGUGCACGCCGCGGAGCUGCUCUUGGCCGCCAGGCGGCCCAGGCGGCGCCAUGGCAUGGCCCCGGCGCGGCGGGGCGUCCUGGCGGCCGCGAUGGGGCCGCUCGGCCGCCGCGGCGGCGCAGAGUACAUCGGCGACGGCGAUGAGGCCUCCGGGCCGCCCGGGGCUGUCAGCCGCGUGCCGCCCCGGGCGAGGCUGUUCAAGACAGGGAUCCUGCCCACCAUCUCGUUCGGCACGGAGACGCAGGGUAUCACCCCGAGGGAGCUGCUGCCCAUCCGUCGAGCAGCGGCCGGCGGCUUGCCCCGCGCCGGCUGUGGCGCGCAGCUGCGGCUCGCUGGCCGCGGAGGCGUGCUCGCGGCAGCCGGCCCCGAGGCUCGCGGAGCUGUUCGUUGCUGGGGGGGGAGGUCUACGGCUUCUCCGCGGGCGAGAGCGCUGAGGUGUGGAGCAACACCAGGGGCGAGUGGCUGCCCUGCCUAA